GGUGUCACCAAGCUGUGUCUCCUGUUAUUUGUGGACGCGCGAGAUCGGAACCCUGUCUGUAUCGUUAGGUCCUGCACACCACCCCGCACCCACCCCCCCCCCACCCCACCCGUGACUGGCAGGCCCGGCGCACGUGACGGGCGGGGGUGGCGAUGGCGAGCGGCCCAUGUUUGCGGUACUGCUGCUGCGGGGAAAGAGAGGGCCGUAGCCCGGAGGAGCUGACUAUUCUGGGAGAGACACAUGAGGAAGAGGAUGAAAUUCUGCCAAGGAAAGAUUAUGAGAGUUUGGAUUAUGAUAAAUGCAUCAAUGAGCCAUAUCUGGAGGUGCUCGAAACACUGGAUAACAAGAAAGUCAGAAGAUGCGAGGUGGUUAAAUGGAUCCUGGUAUUUUCUAUCGGUGCCUGCACUGGUUUGGUUGGACUAUUCAUCGAUUACUUUGUUCAUCUCUUCUCAGACCUCAAAUACCAAAUCAUUGGAAAAUCGGUGGACGAUUGCAGUGAGAGGGGAUGUCUUGCACUCUCCCUCCUUGAGCUCCUUGCAUUCAACAUGGGUUUUGUUUUCCUGGCUAGUCUGUUUGUCUUGAUUGAGCCAGUUGCAGCUGGAUCAGGAAUUCCUGAAAUCAAAUGUUAUCUAAAUGGGGUAAAGAUCCCUGGAAUUGUGAGACUGCGGACCCUGGUCUGUAAAGCAGUGGGCGUGUUGUUCUGUGUGGCUGGAGGAUUAUUUGUAGGUAAGGAAGGUCCAAUGAUUCACAGUGGAGCAGUGGUGGGAGCAGGUCUUCCUCAGUUCCAAAGCAUCACUUUCCACAAGAUCCAGUUCAACUUCCCAUAUUUCCGCAGUGACAGGGACAAACGGGAUUUUGUGUCAGCAGGCGCGGCGGCGGGGGUUGCAGCAGCAUUCGGGGCUCCAAUCGGAGGGACGUUAUUCAGUUUGGAGGAGGGAUCCUCAUUCUGGAACCAGGCGCUAACGUGGAAAGUGCUCUUCUGCUCAAUGUCUGCUGCAUUCACAUUGAACCUCUUCCGCUCGGGUAUCCGUUAUGGGAGCUGGGGUUCCUUCCAGCUACCUGGAUUGCUCAACUUUGGCGAGUUCAAGUGUGCAGAUGGAGACAAGAAGUGUCAUUUGUGGACAGCAGUGGACCUGGCCUUCUUCAUCUUAAUGGGUGUGAUUGGUGGACUCUUGGGAGCAAUGUUUAAUUGUCUGAAUAGGAGGCUUGCGAAGUACCGCAUGCGCAACGUGCACCCUAAGGCCAAGUUUGUCCGGAUUCUGGAGAGUCUACUGGUUGCUAUGGUGACAACAAUGGUCGUAUUUAUAGCCUCCAUGACCCUAGGAGAAUGUCGUGACAUCCCUUCGCAACAGCAUAGCAAUAACACAGCACUACAACUUUCUGAGCGGACUGUAAAUUCCAGCAUCAAGACCUUCUUCUGUCCUAACCAAACCUACAAUGACAUGGCCACGCUUUUCUUCAACCCCCAAGAGACUGCCAUUCUUCAACUCUUCCACCAGGAUGGAACCUUCAGUCCAGUCACUCUGAGCAUUUUCUUUGUUCUGUAUUUUCUUCUGGCCUGCUGGACAUAUGGUGUGUCGGUCCCCAGUGGGCUUUUCGUGCCCUCGCUUCUUUGUGGAGCUGCCUAUGGUCGACUUGUAGCAAAUGUUCUAAAAACGUUUAUUGGAAUGACGCACAUUUAUUCCGGGACCUUUGCUUUGGUUGGGGCGGCUGCAUUCCUUGGUGGAGUGGUCCGAAUGACCAUCAGUCUCACGGUCAUUCUCAUUGAAUCAACUAACGAAAUCACAUAUGGAUUGCCAAUCAUGGUAACACUGAUGGUUGCAAAAUGGACAGGUGAUUUCUUCAAUAAAGGGAUCUAUGAUUUGCAUGUGGAUCUCCGUGGUGUACCUUUACUUGAGUGGGAGACUGAGGCUGAAAUGGAUAAACUGACAGCCAGUGAUAUCAUGGAGCCAAAUUUAACCUACGUCUAUCCUCACACCCGGAUUCAGUCACUGGUCAGUAUUCUGCGCACCACAGCACAUCAUGCAUACCCUGUGGUCACGGAGAACAGAGGGAAUGAGAAGGAAUUCAUGAAGGGAAAUAUCCUCAUCAGCAACAACAUUAAAUUUAAGAAAUCAAGUAUCCUAACUCGAGCUGGGGAGCAACGUAAGCGGAGCCAAUCGAUGAAAUCCUAUCCUUCCAGUGAGCUGAGGAACAUGUGUGAUGAGCUGGUGACGACUGAGGUUGCUGAAAAUGGAGAGGACAUGUUGCAGCAGAUGUUAGAACGCAGACAUCCCCCUUAUCCAAAUCUUUAUCCAGACCAGUCUCCCAGUGAAGAAUGGACAAUGGAAGAGCGUUUUCGACCUUUAACUUUCCAUGGUCUUAUUCUGAGAUCUCAGCUGGUUACACUACUUGUGCGUGGUGUUUGCUACUCAGAGACCCAGUCAAGUUCCACCCAACCACGACUAUCCUAUUUGGAGAUGACUGAAGAUUAUCCACGAUAUCCUGAUGUUCAUGACCUUGACCUGACCCUCCUCAACCCACGCAUGAUUGUGGACAUUACACCUUACAUGAAUCCUUGUCCUUACACGGUCUCACCAAACACGCACGUGUCUCAGGUCUUCAACCUGUUCCGCACCAUGGGAUUGAGACAUCUGCCAGUGGUCAAUGCUGUGGGAGAGAUUGUUGGAAUCAUCACACGACACAAUUUAAGCCACGAUUUUCUAUCAAUGAAACUGCGGCAGCACAAUAUGACAAUGUGACUUUCGUCCUCACUGUGCAACAUUCCAGAAUCUUCUUCCCUGCACUGCAAUGACUUUGAUUUUCAGGGCCAUUUAAUGAGACAGGACAUUCAUCGGUGCCUAUAUCCUGCUCGUUCACCUGCCAACAAGCGACAGCCACUGAAAGAUCUUGGCUCUGCCAUUAACGUAUAAUUUGCAGCACUACUUGCACCUAUUUAAAAUAGACGAUACUGAUUUUGUUAAUUGUGGAUUUAACUGCAGUGUUUGUAUGUCUAUUCCUGUGAACUUGGAAGCAGUGAAAAGGAAUGAUUGCUUUUAUAUUAGCUUAGCUUCUACAGUUGGACCUGCAGCAGUUCAAGGAUUUUGCAGCACAUAAUGUUAGGUGAAUACUUUGUUUUGCAGUUCGUUGACUUUGCACAGUACUUUGUUGUCAGUCAGGUCAGUAUCAAAAGGACUGGUCUGGAAAAGACAAACAUAAAAGCACUAACAAAACAAAAUUCAGAGGUACUUACUAACCAGGUACAUCAGAAAUAAUUAACAGACUUCAACUUCACUUUUAUGGAACUAUGCACCUACACCCCGGGUUUCUUUGUUUGACAACACUCUAUAGGCCCCUUCCAUUAACUGUAUAAGUCCUGCCCUCGAUUGACUUACCAAAAUGGAACACCUCGCAUUUAUCUAAAUUAAAUUCCACCUGCCAUUCCUCAGCCCAUUGGCCCAUCUGCUCAAGGUCCCAUUGUACUUUGAGCCUUCUUCACUGUCCACUACACCACCUAUUUUGGUCUCAUUUUCAAAUUUGCUAACAUGCUUCCUAUAAUCACAUCCAGAUCAUUUAAAUAAAUGAAGAAAAGUAGUAGACUCAGCACAGAUCCUUGUAGCAUACUGCUGGUCACAGGCCUCCAGUCCAAAAAGCAACCCUCACACCACCCUCUGUCUCUUACCUUCAAGCCAAUUGGCUAGCUUGCCCUGGAGACCAUGUGAUCUAACUUUUUAACAAGUCUACUGUGUAUAACCUUCUCAAAUGCUUUGCUGAAGUUCAUAUAAAGUCUACUGCUCUGCCUUCAUCAGUCUUUUUCACCUAUUUAAGAAAACUCAAGUCAGUGAGACACAAUUUCCCAUGCACAAAGCCAUGUUAACUAUCCAUAAUCAGUCCUUGCCUUUCGAAAAGCAUGUAAAUCUUGUCCCUCAAAAUCCCCUCCAACAACUUAGCCACCAUUGAUAUAAGGCUCACCAUUCUAUAGUUCCUUUGAUUUUCCUUAGUCUUUUGUAAACAAUGGAACCACAUUAGCCAACCUCCAGUCUUCAGGCACUCACCCGUAGCUGUUGAUGAUGCAGAUAUCUCAGCAAGGGCCCCAGCAAUCUGUUCCCUAACUUCUCAUAAAGUUCUGGGAAACGCCUGAUCAGGUGCCAGGGAUUUAUCUGCCUUUAUGCAUUUUAAGAUCUCCAGCACCUUAUCUCUUCUGUAAUUUUAGCUCUUUCAAGCAGGUAGACAGGGUGGUGAUGAAGGCGUUUGGCACGCUUGCCUUCAUUGGUCUGACGUUAUGUAGGAGUUGGGACAUCAUGUUGAGGGUAACUUUUUCACAUAGAUGAUGGUGCGUGUAUGUACAGGCUGCCAGUGGAAGUGGUGGAGGCGGAAACAGUUGCAUCAUUUAAAAGGCAUCUCGAUGAGUAUACGAAUAGGAGGGUUUGAAGGGAUAUUGGUCAAAUUCUGGCAAAUGGGACCAUGUCAGUUGGGAUGUCUGGCUGGCCGAGUUGGACCAAAUAGUCUGUUACUGUGUUGUAACUCUGACUUAACACCAACUAUUCUCCCAAUUCUUUUGCAUUUUGUACAAACUCUAAAACUGCAAAUAGAUUCAUUGAUGUAGUAAUUCUGCAGGGAAUUUUGUUCAUGUGCACAAACCUGGGGAUUAGUUUGAACAGUGCAGUCAGAAAAUGCUGACGAUACUUUUGAAGCUAUUUGAGGUGAAAUUCUAACUGCUGAAGGACCUGCUGCAGAUUUCCAGCAUUAACAAUUUGUUUCAUUUUGGAAUGGAACAGACUCCUGAUUGGAGAAGUUUCUGUUGCCAUUAGUAACCACUACAGUUCAGUCAAGCUUUGUCGUAAUACUCUUGCUGUGAUCUCCAUGGCAACAUGAUUUGUUUCUAACUUGGUAUCCACAGCUUCCCCCAGUUGGUACAAAUGAUGUGCAGAUGACACUAUUACAAUGAAAAAUAUUAUUGAUCUCUGAUCAAAUUCAAGGUAAAAUAAUUGGCAGAUGUGAAAUUAGUAGUAUUGGGAUCAGUGUAAUGAUGCACCCAAAUGAAUUCUUUGAUUUCCCAGAAGUUGUAUUUUAGCAGAGUUCUCAGUACAACAGCCCAGGGUGAGGGGCUAAGGAGUGAAGUGAUUGAAAACGAUAUUUGUUAAUGCACUUAAGAAUGUGACAAAAGCUGAUAGAAUCAUCAAGAAAAUGAAACUCCUCAUUACGGAUUCUUGUGAAGUUAUUUGGAACCCAGCAAGUUGCCUUUUCUUGGUAUUUCACCUGGCCGUAGUAUUGUGGAACUCGUCCUUUCGCCUGGGAUUCUCGAUAAUGAAUUAAGCCAUUAAAUUUAUGCAUCCAAUGAGGGCAGAGUGAAUCUGUUAUCCUCCUUUUUAUAAGUUCAGAUACUUAAAGGAAAACAAUUCCAUGUUUUACAAUUACUUUUAGAGAAGCAAACUACGUAUGUGGAGGAUUAAAGUACACAAAGGGAACUCAGAUUAGCAGCUCAUAAAUGAAAGGGAAAGGCUAUUGGAACCUUCACUCGGGAUUGUAUUGUGAAUUAAAAAAAAAAAAAAAAUUCCUUAUUUGAUGCGGUUGAAUGUUUGUCUUUGACAGUCUCAACAUGGUUGGAACCUCGGGAAAAAGUUUGAUUUGGGACUUAGCUUAAGUCACAUUGAAAAGCAGAAUGGUUUAUUAAAAAUGUUAUUUUUGCCUUUCGUGAUAUUCCCUACACCUAAUUGCCCAUUGCUGUUUCCUGAGAUCAAUGUAUAGUCAUUGAUCAUUUUGACAAUAUUAUGAAAUAACUGAGUAACACUUGGCAAUUUAAAAUACUGUAUGAGUCAGUAGUAUUUGUUCAUUUGUGUUUCAGAAAUGCUCCUGGUUAUGAUGAGCUUAGAACUCAUCUUCUGUAAGAGAUAAAAGUAAAAUGUUCCUUAGUUUUGGCACACUAAAUGUAAAUGAUCUUGGAGCUAUUUAAUGCAAAGUGCUCCCUUGAGUCUUGUUUUUACUUGUGGGACAUUGCAGACCAGCAGUGUUCUGUUUAGGACUUAGUCUGUGUGUUAAUGUCUAUACAAUUUCUGAGACAGGGGCCAAGUUUAGUUUUAAUUUGGAUUUGAAAUAUUUCAGGCAGAAUUGGAUUGGAACUGUGUACCAUAGUGCUCAGAGACUGUGUGCACCACGGAGCAUUUGGAUUCCACAUUGUCAUUAAUAUGGAUAUUUGGAGCUACUGAUCCAUAUUGCCACUUCAAUUAGUAUUUAUUCAUCACAGGCUAGAGUACGAAACACAGCUCUUUCCAAACCUUCAAGCCCAUAAUAUUCAAGGAGAAGAAAGCAUGAAGCUUUCAGGUCCACAAACCUGACUUGGGCUGUAGUCUCUGGCCUGUGUUAAAAUUGUCUAUGAAAGCUGAAAUAUUCAGUAUAGUGGGUGAUACCAUUAUUGCUGUGAUUGGAGUAUUAUCACAUUGUUGUAUUUGCACUUACUAUUUGAUAUGAGCUAAUUAUUUCACAUGGGAAAGGUUCUAAGGCCAAAUAUAAUUCUCAUUUUAUUUUUUUAUUCCAUGUUUUUAAAAUUUCUGUUUCUGUAAUGAUCUUUAUUUCAAAAUUUAGAUUAAGUUGUAAUAAACAUUCCCAUUUGUGAUCCUGCAAA